GCGAUCAAGAAACGUAAUCCGAUUUUUGGAUUAGGUUUGUGUAUUUGUAAGAGGUGUUCUGCAUAAAGAGCGCCCCUGGAAGAACGUGAGGGGGGUUAUGUGAAUAGGAAGUCACUUCACAGCAUUCAUGUUCAGCUUAUGUAGAUGGCAUCGUGCAGUGUCUUAACCGAGGACCAGUUCUCCUGUGCCAUCUGUUUCGGUGUUCUCACGGACCCUGCCACGAUCCCCUGCGGACACACCUUUUGUAUGGCUUGCCUCCAGGGCUACUGGGCCAGCAUUGAACGGCCCCCAGUCUGUGCUUUGUGUAAGCGUGGCUUCACGUCCGGCCUCGACAUCCAGGUUAACAUCACCUUGAGAGACCUCGUGGAGACUUUCAAGGGCAUGAACGGAGGUGUUGCUGCCCACCGGCUGCCCGCGGCGCCGGGAGAAGUGUCCUGUGACGUCUGCCUAGGUGAGCGGCAGGAUAAGGCCGUCAAAACCUGCCUGGUGUGCCUGUCCUCGUACUGCCAGAACCACAUCAGGGCCCACAACGCCCGCUUUUCCAGGCACCAGCUGGUCAGUCCACUAGCUAACCUGGGGGAGAGGAUUUGCCCGACCCACGAGAGGCUCCUGGAGCGUUACUGCCGCACUGACAGAACCAUGCUGUGUGUGGCGUGUGACGCGCACCAGGAACCCGGUCACGAGGUAGUGACGAUGCAGAGGGAGUUCUUGUCUCAAAAGGCUCAGCUGACAAAAGACCAGGUGCUGGUACAGGAGAGGCUUAAAGCUGCUCAGAAAAAGGCAGAGACUUUAAGCAGUUCAGCCCAACGCUGCAAGGAUGAAGCAGAGCGGCAGAUACAGUCAUGGACCAUGUUCUGCAAAGACCGGUUCUACCAUGAGAGGCAAAUCUGGGAACACUACAACGCUGAGGCACGGAAAACGCUGAGCGAGAUGGAGAGCACCGCCUCCCGUGAGAGCCGGGCGCUGGCUGAGGGCAUUGCCACUCUGAAGGGCAGAGCGGCUGAGCUGGAGCGCGUAAUCGACUCCUCAGACUCAUUUGAGCUUCUUAAGAGUCUUCCUUCCCUCCCUCCUGGCCCCCCCAGUGGGGACAGGGUCCCAUGCACGGUCUUCACUACAAACCUACUGGCAGAUGUUUGGAUGGCCUCCUUGGAAGAAAUGGCCAUUCUCCCCAAGAUGCACACCUUCUGGUUAACCAACAGUGGUUUCUCAGAGCUUGCCGCGGUUAAAGAGUUCACAGUUGAGGUGACCCCUGACCCCAGCACGGCCCACCCGUCGCUCCUGUUCAGACGGGGGUGCCGUGAGAUCCGAGUGGACAGGACCAAAAUGGACUACACCUACCCCAAGUCUGCCCAGCGCUUCACUCAGGUGCCCUGUGUCCUCAGCACCAAAGGCUUCACCAGCCAAAGUGCCUAUUGGGAGGUGGAGUUGUCGGACCGGGCCAGGAAUGGAUCUAGCGUCUGGUGUGUGGGCUUGGCUGUUCAGUCCUCAAUGAUCACGAUAUCCAGAUGGCACAGUCUCACCCCUGAUAAGGGGUUCUGGGUCCUGGAGCACCGUGAUGGCAAGCUUUGGCCUGUCACCACACCCCCAACCACCACUGCUUUGAGCAUCAAAUCUAGCACCUGCAAGGUACAUCUGGGUGUGUUUUUUGAUGGCCGCCAGCGUCGAUUGUCGUUCUACGACGUCCCUCUUGGCCGACAUCUCUACACCUACGACAUCUCCGCACCGAUGUUGAUCAACCAAGUUGUUUACCCAGUCUUCAGCCCUGAUUUAUUCAGCCCUGGGCUAAACCAAAUCAACAUUAUGAAUGUUACCGCCCUGACUGCAAAAAAACACCGAUGUCACUGAGUGGCAGCAGGAAUUUUAGCUUAUGUUGCCGUUUGUCACUCCACUGUAGCAUUUAAAAAUACUUCUGUGAAAUGUUUUUAAGAUCUUAAUAAAUAAACCUCUUAAUAUUA